CACAAACCCCACCGGAUCACCACCCCCACCACCUCCUCCCUCUCCAACGUACAGCGAGCGAAGCAGUCAGUACUCAGUAGACGCCAUGACCUCCCACGACAUCGCCGCUGCCUCCGGCCCUUUCCACGUCUACCAGCAGCAACUACCGAUCACGAUGGCGCCCGCCGCCGCCGCAGCCGACGCCGGCUUGGCUCCGGCGACGAGCAAGAAGGCUGGUGGCAGCGUGAAGGACCGGCACAGCAAGGUGAACGGGCGCGGUCGGCGCGUGCGUAUGCCGAUCGUGUGCGCCGCGCGCGUGUUCCAGCUCACGCGCGAGCUGGGGCUCAAGUCCGACGGCCAGACCAUCGAGUGGCUGCUCCGGCAGGCGGAGCCCUCGAUCCUCGCCGCCACGGGGACCGGCACCACCCCCGCCGCCUUCGUCUCCUCCUCCGCCCCAUCCACCUCCCCCUCCUCCUCCUUCUCGUACCCGCACACGCUCCUCGGCAAGCGCCCGCGCGAGGAGGAGAACGACGCCUUCGGCGCGGGGGCUGCAACGUCGGCGUUCUGGGCGGCACUGCAGGCGCCGCCGCGGCAGGACACGUGGGGGUUGUCGCCGCUCGAUGCGCAGGCCGCGUACAUGCCGAUGGCGCAGGUCCACCACCACCACCUCAAUCUUGUCGCCGCGCUCUCCGGCGCCGCUCGGCGCACCGAGGAGGAGAGCCGGUGAAUCAACGGUGCUGACGAAUGUUCUUGGUUGUUUUUCUGUUUUGGGAGUCUAGGAUCCUGGAUGUACUUCCCUACCUGUCGAGCUCGAAUUCUCGAUCGUCCUGUGUUCUUUCUUUCUGCAGUUUAUUAAUCAGUUAAGAUUUUCUGUGGCACUAAGCACUUUACUUAGGAGUACCACUACAUCCCAGCUGCAUGUGUUGGAAACUUAUUAGUAUCUGUCGUUGGCUUUAA